AUGGCACAGACGUCAACAUCAAAAUGUAGUUUAUGUAGUGUGAAUAAUGGCAUUUACUUUUGUUAUGAGUGUAGAAAAGCGUUGUGUAAACCAUGUAAAAUUCCACAUGAUAAUAUUCCUGCUUCAAAAAAUCAUACCGUUAAGGAUUUAAAAUGUGUUGACCUUACUGCGUUCCAAAAUAUAUCGAAUUGUAAAGCACACAAUACGGACUUCUCUUUUUAUUGCACACAGUGCAAAGUUAUGAUAUGCGGAAAAUGUGUGACUACUAUACACAAGGGACAUGAGUUUUCCGAUAUUGAUCAAAUCGCCGGUGAAGUGAGAGGUGAAGCCGGAAGACAACUUGUAAAAAUGAAAGACAAGUUAGCAAAAUCCUCAAUGAUAAUAGAAAAAAUCAAAAAAAAUCAUUUGCCUGAAAUAAAAAAUGAAGCAAAAUGUAUCUCGAAAGAAAUAAAACUUUCAAUAAAAGAAGUGCAUCAGAUUAUUGAUUCAAAGGGCGAUGUGAAAAUAACUGAGGUUGAAGACUUUGAAACUUUAGAGACAGACCAGCUUAGAAUGGACUUAGCAAACAGACAACAUGCUCACUAUAGAUUUUCGUCAUUACAUUCUACUCUAGAACAAUUAAUAAACGAACACCAUGCAUUUACAUUCCUAAACGCAUAUGAGAACUUGAAAGGUGAUUUUAAAGAAUUACAGGAUAUGGAGCUGGGAUCAAUUGAAGUCAUUCGGCCUCCACAGUUUGACAAGCAAUUAUUCAUGAAGGAACUCAUACAGACCCUAAUAAUUAAAUUCAACAUAAGUAUGGAAAGUGAAGAAGCAAAUGAGUUAUAUCCAGGCCAAGGAACAAAAAGACAACAUAGAUUUUCAAGAGAAUUUGUACAAGCACAAACAGUAAUAGUAAGGAUUAUAAUUUUGAGUGCAUAUUUAAAUAUGCAAUCGCAACCUUAACAUCAAAGGAUGUGAAUAAUUUCAUAAAGACUCGCCGAACAGCCGUCGG